CUGACAUCCUCCGGUGUUACGUUCAUUGUGGUCCCCAAAAUGGCGAACGUUGCUGCAGCUACCGUGGCCGCUGCUGCCGCAGCUGCCGCCGCGAACAGAGACCCAGCCGUGGAUAGGUCACUACGAUCCGUUUUCGUUGGAAACAUUCCAUAUGAAGCCACAGAAGAGCAGUUGAAAGACAUAUUCUCCGAAGUUGGACUUGUUGUCAGCUUCAGGUUAGUGUAUGACAGAGAGACAGGAAAGCCAAAAGGAUAUGGCUUCUGUGAAUACCAGGACCAGGAAACGGCCCUCAGCGCCAUGAGGAACCUGAAUGGGAGAGAGUUCAGUGGUCGGGCUCUCAGAGUCGACAAUGCAGCUAGUGAAAAAAAUAAAGAAGAGCUCAAAAGUCUGGGGACCGGAACCCCCAUCAUCGAGUCUCCUUUUGGAGACAGUGUGUCGCCAGAGGAGGCUCCAGAGUCCAUCAGCAGAGCUGUGGCGAGUCUUCCACCUGAGCAGAUGUUUGAGUUGAUGAAACAAAUGAAGCUGUGUGUACAAAACAGCCCCCAGGAGGCGAGGAACAUGCUGCUGCAGAACCCGCAGCUGGCCUACGCUCUGCUGCAGGCGCAGGUCGUGAUGCGGAUCGUUGACCCGGAGAUCGCUUUGAAAAUGUUGCAUCGUCAAACAGCUGUUCAGCCCCUGGUGUCCAGCAGUCAGGGUGGAGGAGCACCGCCUGUCAAUCCUCCUGUUCAGCCCAAUGUGCAGGUGUCUCAACCACAACCUGUGCCGGUCAUGCAUGUGAAUGGAGCCCCUCAGAUGAUGCAGCCCUCCAACAUGGGCGUCCCCAACAUGCCUGGACCGGGCCCUGCACCAGGACCCGGACCAAUCGGACCUCCAGGAAACCUACAGAAUUCCCCCACAGGAUCAGCCGGACCUGCCGCUCUCGAGCGGCCUCAAGGACCGGGCGGUAUCCCACCCAGAGGCCUGUUGGGCGACGGACCCAAUGACCCCAGAGGAGGAACUCUGCUGUCUGUCACUGGAGAGGUCAUCGACCCCAACCGGGGCUACAUGGCCGCUCCGCCGCCUCACCAGGCUCCGCCCGUACAUAUACCUCAGAUGGGAGGCGGGCCACAGAUGGGAGGCGGACCACAGAUGGGAGGCGGACCUCAGAUGGGUGGCGGACCUCAGAUGGGAGGCGGACCUCAGAUGGGAGGCGGACCUCAGAUGGGAGGCGGACCACAGAUGGGAGGCGGACCACAGAUGGGAGGCGGGCCGCCCGAAAUGAGAGGCCCUCCGAUGCCUGAGCCGCGGACCAUGAUGGUGGACCCGCGAGGGCCUCCGAUGAUGGAGCCGCGGGGACCGCCGAUGGAACCCAGAGGCCGUGACCCAAGGGCGAUGGACGCUCGCGGGCCAGUGGCGGGUCAGAGGGUUCCCAUGGUGCCCGGGAUGCAGGGCCCGGUCCCCCACGCCAUGGGUCCAAACGUUCCUCCGCCUGCAAGACCGGGUCCGGGUAUUUCUGGCGUCCCGCCUUCAGGAGGAGGCUUCAGUCCCGGCCAGAAUCAGGUCUCCACUCAGGAUCAGGAGAAGGCCGCCCUCAUCAUGCAGGUGCUGCAGCUGACCCCAGAGCAGAUCGCCAUGCUGCCGCCGGAGCAGCGGCAGAGCAUCCUCAUCCUCAAGGAGCAGAUUCAGAAAACCGCCUCCGGCGCUCCGUGAUUCUCCCAGGUGGCGUUCCUCCUCGGCUUCCCGCCUGGAGCAGGAAGGAGUUUUCUGACCUUAACGAUGUUUUCACUCGUUCCUGCUUCAGGAGCUGCCUGCUGAAACUGGCCGCUCUGCAAAAACACAAAAUAUUACCAAGUAUUUUUAUCUAGCUUCUAGCGAAAAUGUCUCAGUGCACUUGAAAUAAAAAAGAAUAUUUCACAUUUUUCCCAUAAGUGAAUAACCUGCCAGUAGACCUGCUACUUUUUAAUCAAUAUUAAGGAGUUAUUUGCUAAAAUGGUUCUUGUCAGUUUGAUCUUAUUUCAAGAAUGCUCUAGAAACUAGAUAACAGUACUUGGUAAUGUUUUGUGUUUUUGCAGUGUAGGAGAUCAUUGCUUUGUUUUCUCUUUUUGUAUGAAGAGCGUAGAUUUGAUCCAAAUGUCUUCAGAAGAUGGACACGUUUUUUGUUUUUUUCCUUUAAACCAAACUGUUGUAAAAUCUCAAAACUGUUUUGUCAAUAAAACUAAAGAAGUCACAAAA